CUCAAAUCUUCAAGUCUAGUCCACAAUAAUUAUACACAACUGUUUCUGAAGACUGGCAUUUUAAAACAAAUUAUGGUCUCCAUCAAAGACCUUAAAAUUCCGUCCACAACACGCUGUUCUAUGCUAUAUAUCAAUCACCAACUCGUUUCCUCUUCACAAAUCAUCAUCCAUUUCUGGAUUGCUUAUCUAGGAAGAGAUGACAACACUCCAUCUUUUCCUUAUUCUGCUAUUAGCCAGUGGUGUAGCCCAGAGCAGGAAGACUGUAAAAGUAAGUCCCUUACUAUUCAGUGGCGAGGACACACAGGAGGAGGAGGAGGACUGCUCUGCGGCUCAGCCAAGGAAAUCGAGCACAAGCAUUCCUCUCAUGCAUGUCCAAGCCAAGUGCUCCCCUUUCCGCAACAAGAAAUCAACGUGGCUGACCACGCUGUUGGAGUCAAUAAAGGGCGACGAGCAGCGCUACCGCGCAAUAACGGGAGCAGCGACAAGCUUUACCACACAAGAGGACGCCGACGUUCCGUUGACUGUAAAGAACGGAGACUACGUAAUCAAUUUGGGCUUCGGCUCGCCCCAGCAGAACUUGUACACGUUGGUCGAUACGGGCAGUGACAUCACCUGGAUUCCCUGCGACUCAGGGGACGUGUUCGACCCUUCCAAGUCAUCCACCUUCAAAUACCUGAGCUGCUCUUCAGAGACGUGCCAGGCACUGGGCAGCACUCAAACCUGCGGGAAUUACAACUGCAGCAUUACGCAGACCUACGGCGAUGGUUCACAGGUAACCCAGCUGCUCUCCACGGACUCGCUUGCCGUGGGUUCGCAGUCCAUGCCGGAAUUUGUUUUCGGCUGCGCCAAAUCUCGGCGAGGUCUUAUCACCUCUGCGCCCGGUUUGGUCGGGUUUGGCAGGGAGUCGAUCUCGUUUGUUUCACAGACGGCCAAUCUGUUCCAGAAAACCUUCUCUUAUUGUAUCCCGUCUUCCACGUCUACGGGUUGCCUUGCACUCGGUAAAUCCGCGCUUUCAUCCUCCGGACUGCAGUUUACGUCUCUCUUGACGAACUCUGCAAAUCCUUCGUUCUAUUACGUGGGGUUAAACGGAGUGUCGGUUGGCAAAGACCGCGUGGCUGUAGCGGCGAUGGAGCAGUCAAGCGGGAAAGGGACAAUUAUAGAUUCGGGAACAACUAUCACUCGGCUGGCGGAACCCGUUUACAGUUCUGUGAGAGACUCUUUCGUUCGCCAUCUCUCCAAGCUCAGUCGAGCCGCUUCGGUUUCGAUCUUCGAUGCGUGCUUCAAUUUUCCUUCGGGGGAUGUGGAGGUGCCUCAGAUCACGUUGCAUUUUGAUAAGAAUGUGGACGUGCCUCUGCCGCCCACUAAUUAUUUAAUUCGCACGAGUGCGCAGGGGUCGGUGAUAUGCUUGGCUUUGGCUGCACCUCCUAAGAGCUCCUCGGGUUCAGGAGUAUCUAUAUUGGGGAAUUUCCAGCAACGCAACUUCCGAGUGGUGUAUGACACUGCUGGUUCUCGACUUGGUAUCGCUCCUGAAACCUGUAAAGGUUGUUAGACGAUUACAUCUUCUGCUCCCUUGCCUCCAGACCUUUUGCAGAGGAAUAAAAUGUCUUUACAUGAGAGGUGGCGAGGUUACAUCCAUAAUUAAGGCUAUAGUUUUCUCAAUAACUUCAAUGUUGGGAUUACUUAUUACAUAAUAAAAAUGUUUGUUGUGUUGGCUCGUUCAGAGGUAGGUUUGUAAUUUUAACGUCAAUAGAUUGAUGUAAGGUAAAUCUAUUGUAAUGUUAAAAGAAGAUUGGUGAAUACUAUUGUUGUAAGUUUCAUGGUGUUAAA